UGCUGACCAGCAGGUGAUGAUGAUUUGAGUUGAUUACUGCCUCUAUAAGAAAUACCUGUUUUUCUCUUUCACACUCGCCUGAGGAAGAUCUUACAGAUCGAAACGUUGCCUUAAAAAGACAAACAGUGUUCAGACCUCCUUUGUGCUCUGCAGCUCUGUCACUGGAGGAUCCUGGGACAGUGUUUCGUCCGGGUGGCCCCGUUGCAGCCGCCGGCCAAUAUACAGCACGCCAGGGGGCCACAUCGGCCUUGUUGCGAGGCCCUUCCUGCUAUUCAAAUGUCCGGAGAGAGGAGGGACCAGCCGGCAGCUUAUAAGAGCAGGACGCGCGUCUCUCUCUGCUGGAUUUACGCGCUUCACCUCCAGCUGCCACACCUGGACAGAAAGAAACCAGGAGAAGUCAACAUCUACCAGAACACGGUUAUGAAACAAUGGAUGACUGACAAAUAAGAAAUAUUGACUUUACUAUAUUCCCAGGAGCUCAGCUCAAAGAGCAUCACUCUUUCAUUUUUUUUUUUUACUCUAGAUCUUUUCUGUCUCUUUUUUUCUUGGCAAAAAGGAGACAACUUUUUCUUUUUUUUUUCAACAAAAACUUCCAACUCUGAUCAGGAUUUUAUAUUUAUUUUUUUGAUAUUUUUAAACAACCAGUCAUAGAUAGAAGUGUUUCUCCAAAAAGACUUGUGUUUGGGGAUGUUGAGCUCUGUGAAGAUGGAAGCACAUGAUCUACCAGAGUGGAAUACUUUCUACAGCGAGGCCAGCGAGAUGUAUUCCUCGCCCAGCACCAUGAACUCUGGUCUGUGCUCCAUGGGCUCCAUGGGCACCAUCAACAGCUACAUCAACUUGAACCCGGCCACCGCCUCCCCUGCAGGCAUGAACGCCAUGUACCCGAGCUCCAGCCUCAGCAGCUCCCCGCUGGCCUCCAUGGGCGGCGGGCCCGGCCACAUGUCCCUGUCCCCAGUGACCUCGUCCCUAGCUUCGGGCCCUCUAAGCCAGCUGGGCUCUUCUGCUCCAGGCUCCCUGGGCUCCUUGUCCCACUACCAGAACAUGGGCCAGUCCAUGAGCCAGCUGGGCUACUCCUCCCCUGCGACCCUUGGCCGGGCCGGGCCCAAGGAGAUCCCCCCGAAGCCCUACCGACGCUCACUGACCCACGCCAAGCCGCCGUAUUCCUACAUCUCCCUCAUCACCAUGGCGAUCCAGCAGAGCGGCAGCAAGAUGCUCACCCUGAACGAGAUCUACCAGUGGAUCAUGGAGCUGUUCCCCUACUACCGUGAGAACCAGCAGCGCUGGCAGAACUCCAUCCGCCACUCGCUCUCCUUCAACGACUGCUUCGUGAAGGUGGCUCGCUCGCCGGACAAGCCGGGCAAAGGCUCCUACUGGACUCUGCACCCGCAGUCGGGCAACAUGUUCGAGAACGGCUGCUACCUGAGGCGCCAGAAACGUUUCAAGAUCGAGGAGAAGUUGGCGAAGAAAGCAGGCAAGAACCAGGAGGGCGGCUCAGGGAAAGGAGGCCAUGGUGGAGAUCACCUGGUGGAGGACCACAGUCCCACAGGAGGAUCAGAGGGAGCUGACUCUGCCCACUCAGAUAACUCCCACCCAGGCUCCUCAGACGACCAGCCGCAUCCCAGAAACUCCCUGGGUCCACUGGACUGCCCUCCGCUGACCUCCUCACACCUCCACAGCCCGCCGGUCUCCCUGCCUCCCUCCUCCUCCUCCUCCUCCUCCUUGUCCCUCUCAGCCACCAGCGCCUCCAACUCGCUCCUCCACUCCCAGUCUUUAGUGGGUAGCGCCCACCUCCUGCCCAGCGCCAUGCAUCAGCACAUGGACCUACAGAGUGAUGCCCUCAAGUCCCUGGACCCCCACUACAACUUCAACCACCCCUUCUCCAUCACCAACCUCAUGUCCAACGAGCAGAAGAUGGACCUCAAGUCCUACCAGGACCAGGUGAUGGCCUACAACAGCUACACCACCGGCUCUCCUGUAGGAGCCAAGCAGAUCUACGACAGCCAAGGGCCGGCCGCUAUGGACACAGGCGCUUACUACCAAACUCUGUACAGCCGCUCGGUGCUCAACGCCUCCUAAUGUGGACACACACACACACACACACACACACCUGUCUCUAGAGGUGAGCCAAGAUGGAGACUUCUCUUUCUCUCUGCCUUUUCUAAAAUGGACACCCCAGCUCCUCUUUAUCUUCCUCUUUCCGUCCCUCUCCCUCUCUGGCUCACGUCCAGUGGCCUCGCUAGAGACUCACAUCUAAAAUGGCUGCCGUGUUUGAGAGAGACCAAAGAACAGUUUGCUUUUUCUUUUCUUUCACCAACUCUGACGAACACGGAGACCGGUUGGUUACAUGGAGGACAGAAAAGUCUUAACUGAUGAUGAAGACAUUUGACUGGUCCGUGUGUAAAGUCAAUACAGAAGUCUGUCUUUGCCUGUCGCACGAGCACCGCACAUGGUGAAAUUGGCUUUGUACAAAAUGUAAAUAGAGGUAAUGUGGGGGGAAAAGGAUAUUUGCAUUUAUUUAUGAAGGGAAUAAAAUUUAAUAUAUCUUGUGCUCUUGUGCUUGAGCGCUCUGUUGACCAGUUACAACCCAAAUGUGAGGUAUUUUUUAAUCCGAAGACUGCUUCAGGCAGGUGUUACUGCAGUGGGAGACCGUUUUAUCUUUUUGUGUUACAGCAUUUCAAACUACGUCCAUCAUUUCUGUCAGAUCAGACAUUCGUCGAUGUAAAUGUACUGUAGCUGAUGAAGUCUGUACUUUCAAAAAAUGUUAUUUUGGUUGAUAUGAAGUAAAAAAAAAAAAAAAAAAUCCAUUUUGUCCUCGCUGGAGCACAGAGGAAACAGAAGCUAAAACUAUCUUCUGCAGCCGGAAGGAUCGAGGCAAAGCAACUGUGGUAAAAACGAAAAAAACAUGUUCAUGUUUCUGUUUUUGUUACCCAUAUGAGAGCGUUAAAACCAGAUGCUUCUCAACAGACUGUAACAUUUUGAAUAGCAGAUAGCUGGUGAGCUGCAUGGGGGAGUUCAGUUAGUUACUAAAACAGAGGAGGGGAGGAGAGAUGCACUAUGGGAGAAUUUACAUACAGUACUUUGCACUAUGGAGCUCCCAGUGGCCAGGUGGGCUGAUAGUGUGUUUGUGUGUGUUACAACAAUACUUAAGAGCUCCCCCUUACAAUGUCAAUGCAUCAGCUCAAUGGGAUCAACGUCAGAAGGGCGUCAAAUAACGCUCGCUGUCCAAAAAGUGCCUUUUCUUCAAAUGACUACUGAUCUGAUAAGAGAUCAAUGUAUCGACGAUCUAUUGAAGGAUUAUUCAGAUUAACAGCGGAGGACGCUUCAGGUCACACGAUGUCCUCUGUGGAGCAAAUUUUAAGUUUGUCUUUUAUUUAAGCUAUGUUGCUUUUCAAACUUUGAAAGUGUGCUGAUAUAAUAUAUUGUUUUUGUUGUUGUUGUUGUUUCUGUUGGUUUUAAAUGUGAUUGAAAUGAUUCAUGUUUCAUUUUUCUUAUUAAAAAGGCAAAAAAUGUGGGGCGAAA